CGUAAUGAACCUCUAAAAAAGGAUCGUCCCAAAUGGAAGAGUGAUUAUCCAAUGACGGAUGGGCAACUAAGAAGCAAACGGGAUGAAUUUUGGGAUACAGCCCCUGCCUUUGAGGGACGCAAAGAGAUUUGGGAUGCACUCAAGGCUGCUGCCUAUGCUGUGGAGGCAAAUGAUCAUGGGCUAGCACAAGCCAUUAUUGAUGGUGCUGGAGUUACCUUGCCUCAUGGCUCACUUACUGAGUGCUAUGAUGAAUUGGGUAACCGAUACCAACUUCCUGUAUAUUGCCUGGCACCACCUAUUAACUUGAUUAUGGAGUGGAGUGAAGAGGAGGGUGCAGAACCU